ACCCAUGCUUCUGUUUUUGUUAUUGUUGUGAGAGGUUCGUGGCACAGCUCAUCUCGGCAAAUGUGUCAGUGUAAAUUAGACUUGUCAUCAGUCUCAUACACGUUUUCUCCUUUAAGACAGAACAUCGUUUUCAAGAGGAUAUUGUUUUGAUUAUCUAAACUAAAUCGGAAAACACCUCGGGUGCAUCGCUAUUCUGUCGCCAUGGAGAAGACAUGGGGGGUGGAGUUUCGUAAUGUCGGAAGUUGCUACUUUCCACAGAGCAGAGUGGACUGUCACUACACCAUCAACUCACAGCACACAUGGGCCAGUAAUGACUGGAUUGGAUUAUUUAAGGUUGGCUGGUCAUCAGUCAAGGAGUACCAUACAUUUGUUUGGGCAGUAGCUCCAUCUAGCUACAAAGAAGGGACCUCUGUCAACUGCUGUGUUAAUUUCCAAGCUUCUUACCUACCAGGGCCUAGUGCUCAGCAGUACCAGUUUGUGUAUGUGGAUGAAAAGGGAGAAAUUUGUUCUCGCAGCGCUGCCUUUACCUUCUCAGCACCAAAGCCCCUGGAGGAGCUGGUGACCCUGGAGGAGGAGGGUCAAGGAGAGGAAGUGGGCGAGGACAUGUUGCUGGUCAUCCCUAGAGCCCAGCUACUGCAGAGUCGUCUACAGGAGUGUUUAAAGGAGCGUGCGGAGCUGCUCCAGGCGCUGGAAGCUGCAGACCAAAACGUAGAGAGGGAGAAAGGCAGAAGGGAGAGAGACAGAGGCUCCUGGGAACACACCCGCAAGGAGCUGGAAAGGAAGAUCGACGAUCUGAAGGAGGAAGUGAGAGAAUAUAGGGAGAAAGUGGAAGACAUGAAGAAGAAGCAGAAGGAAGUUGAGGAUUUAGGCGAGGCUCUUACAGAGGAGAAGAAAGCCCUGCUUGCUCAAAAAGAAGCUAAUGAGCAGCGAAUCAGAGAGCUUGAGGAGGACAUUAAAAUACUGACCCAGAGGGGCUUGGAGAGAGAGACUGACCUAGAAAGGAUGAGAGAAAGGGCAAAGAAAUCAGCAGCUCAGAAGAGGGAGGACGAAGAUGAACACAAGAACCUGAAGUUAAAGAUGGAGCAGACAGAGAAAGAGCUGCACAGUCUGUCAGCAGAGUUCCAGAGUCUGAGAAGCUCAUUGGCCCAGAGAGACACACACGCCCUGCAGCUCAGAGACACCAUCACCACCCUCACACACAAACUCAACAGCGCUCACAGGAAGGAGGCAGCCAAUGAAUUGUCUUUGAAUGAACUCCGAAGUGUUCAGGAGCGUCUAAAUGUUAGUGAACGCAGUGUGGAGACUCUGAGGGGAGAGCUGAGAGACAUGGUUGCUCAGAGGGACAGUGCACAUGCUGAGCUCCAUCAGGCCCGUCUGCAGGCCGCACAGCUCACACUUCAGUUAGCAGAUGCCAGUCUGGCUCUGAGAGAAGGCAGGGCCAACUGGGCACAGGAGAGAGAGACCCUGCAGCAGAAUGCUGAGAUUGACAAAGUGCGUCUGGAACGGCAAAAUGAUGAUAUCCAGCAGAAGGAGGAGAUGUUGCAGGAGGCAAGGAUGGAGAGAGAGAAAGCAGUAGUGGAGCUGGGACGAGAGAAAGAUUGCAAUCGGGUUCAGCUAAGUGAGACUCGGCGUGAGCUUCAGGAGCUGAAGGCCAGUCUCAGGGUGGCUCAGAAAGAAAAGGAACAGCUGCAAACAGAAAUACAGGAAGUGAUGGAGUACAGCCGUCAGCUGGAGAGAAGGCUGGAGGUGCUGAGCGAUUGUAAAUGGAGUGAGACGGCCCUGCUGCAGAGCAGUCGUGGGGAAAGCCCACUUCUGUCUGAUUCUGAGGAUGAGAACCCGGAGGCCUUGCAGGACGCACACUCUUCUGGGCCUCUGAAUCACUAUAGUCUGUGUGAACAGCCCCAGUCUGACCUCCUGCUCCCAGCCACCCCACCACCCUCUCCCAGACACCCCUCCAGCAUGGACACAGUGGUCAUCAGCCAGCCUGCACCCCUUUCAUCUCCACACCAACCCAGUGCUCGCUCACACACUCACAGCUCUGAGUCGGAGGAAGAGUAUGAGGCCGCUUUGUCAGGCGGGCACAGCUCUGGAGAGGAGACAGCUCUUCUCCUGCCUGACAACAGAGACACUACCCUCGGAGAGCUGGCUGAGAGCCCCCUGUGGUGAGAAGCAGAACUGCAGGAACGGAUGGCCAGUGCAGCGUGGACGGCUUUGCAUCAGCGCAACACCUGUUACGAGUUUUGUAUUAAGAAGCAUUUGCGCUUUAUAUUAUAUUGACAUGAGUAUUUAAAUAUGCAAAUUGCUUUACACUUUAUAUGCACUUAGAAUAUGCAUAAGCUGUUAGACCUCUAUUGUGGGUGGCACACGGUUUUACAGUAACUUGCACGGACGUGUUAUUUUACACAUAUCAACUGACAAGCAGAAAGCGUCUUUAAUGAAGCAGGUUGCAUAUGAAGAGAAAGAAUUAGUGUGUGUUUCUCUGUGUGUGUGUGUGUGUGUGUGUGUGUGUGUGUGUGUGUGUGUGUGUGUGUGUGCGCGUGUGUGUGUUAAGGUUGUUCCAAUCUUUCUUUUCUUGUGUUUUAUUUGAGUUUAGUCACAAGGCUUGUACUUCUAUAACGCUAUCAUUAAUCAGCAUCAGCAAUAAUGUAAAGCACAAUGAUAUCGAGAUCCUUGCAGAUUUUAGAUGUAAGAUUAGUUUGGGUGCUCUUCAUUUUGUGGGUCUUGUCGUAGAAGUUUUUGGAAUCUCUUUAGUUUGAAGAAAGAUGUGUGAAUAUGUGCAAUGGAGUACACCAGCGACUGAUUGUCCCGUUAUGAUGUAAGAGUAAAGAACGGCACUUUUGAUUCCUUUCAGGAAGUUUACUCAAUCUCAUGCACAAGACCUUCUUUGGAGGAAAUCCACUUAAGCAUGGAUGAUGUGGUCAUUAAGAAGAGUUUAAAGUAGUCAGAUUGAAGUUAUAAUAUCUAAUUUAAUGCUUCGUCUAUAGUUUCAUGCAUUGUAUCGAAACAUUAAUGAUUGAAUUAUUAUUUGUAUGCAAAACAUACCAAGACAGGCAGCGCAAGCACUUGGGUGUUCCUCUUGGUGUUGAAGAUACACACUAGAAAGUUUUCAGGAUGGACUUUGAAUUGAACUGCUUUAAAUUGUGCCUGGCGAAAUUCAAGGAAUCUCAUGUUUAAUUCAACUUAAUGUGUGAUGGCUUAAUGGUGCGUCACGUGGAUCAUGUGGCGAACAUUAUUUGGCUGUGCUUAGACUUUGCUGAAGCUCAAAGGAAAAAUUCAUCAAUUUCCAGACACGGUGAUUACAUUUUAAUUACAUUCACAGGGAGAACAUUGUAAUGCAUAUAUUAAAGAGUGAAA